GCUGCAGUCUGCUGAAGGAAACUCAGAAGUGAAAAUGAAGAUCGUAGGCUUGCAGCUUGCCUAUGACCACAUGGCGCAACAAGACCGCAUGUCUUCAUCAGCGGCAAGAUAUACUAACAUUGACACCUCCCUCUCUGUGCUACAUCAGAAAGUCUUCACAAUGUUUCCAGAUAGAGGAAACAGGGGGAACCUGGCGUGUGCCUCCAGGGUUUAAUUUUCAGCAUUUUGCAGCUGCAAAAACUAAGUUACAGGGAGGUGCUUCUGAUCGUAAAAGUAUAAAAACUCGUUCUUCCAUUGAUUUAAGUGGUGUUAAAAAUCAAUUACACAGGCAUAGCUCUGAACCAAGCAUUUUGACAGGUGUUGAUUUACAGGAGAUGCAAAGGGAAACAGCUAGCAUCCAUCCCAAACUGGCCUCUCUCAAACAAGACAAGACCAAGUCUAAAUCUCUUGACUCUGCUGUGCCUCCAUGCAAGCCUGUCUUGGAUGGUAGUGUCCUCAGGUGGAAAGAUGGAAGAAGACGUGGAUCUUUUGCAGAAGAGUGUGCCCUGAGACGAGCAGCAGCUUGUACUGAAAGCCCAGAUGUUCACUUAUCCAAUUCAAACUUGGAUAUAUCCACACUUGCUCCUUAUAUAUCUAAAAGCAAUAGGACUUCAAAAGAAAAGAAAAAAAAGAAGGAGCUACCUAACAGGACACCCGUGAAACCAAGAGUAGUCUUUCUGGUUGGAGAUGGUGAAGUAAAUAGUUGCAGCAGUGCUGACAGUGAAUUAUAAUCAUGGAAGUUUGCAGAAAAUAUAUUACAUGAAAAUAUGUUCUCCAUCCAUAACUAGAAUUGCAUGUAGCUCGUAUAUUGUAUACAUGUCCCCUGUACAGAAAUGAAACUGCCUGUACCUCAUAUAACACAGUACAUGUUUCCCAUAUGGAAUUGAUACUGCCUGUAUCUCAUAUAACACGGUACAUGUUUCCCAUAUGGAAUUGAAACUGCCUGUAUCUCAUAUAACACAGUACAUGUUUCCCAUAUGGAAUUGAUACUGCCUGUAUCUCAUAUAACACAGUACAUGUUUCCCAUAUGGAAUUGAAACUGCCUGUAUCUUAUAUAACAUAGUACAUGUUUCCCAUACAUAACUGGAAUUGCAUGUAGCUUAUAAUACAUGUGUUUCCUGCAGAGAGUUGGAGCUGCUUAUAAGCAUUCUGAGGACAAGGCAUUUCUGUGGUGGACUAUAUCGCAUCCAGUCAUUCACAGCCUAGACAUGGAUUCAACUAUCAGGGACAGACUAAUCUGAUGUCUAGGUUUGAGGAUGAAAAUGACAUGUCCAAAUGACAUUGUUUAGUUGAAGAGUUCUAGGAUGUUUCUCAGUGUCGGUAGAGAACUGGUUAAUAUGUGGAAAGAUGGAUCCAACAUUUCUCGAAUAUGAUUACAAAA